AUGAAAGAAAGCAACGGCAAGAACAGCGUUGAAAAGCUAGAUCAAAAACAAGAUCUAGGUCUCUAUUUCUUGGAAUUGUGUCGCCGGAAAGUGAAAGAAGAGUUGGAGGAUUACGACGGCGAUGAUGAGAAAGAAGAAUCUCCGACCGAGCUCAACACUCUGAACAGUUCGGGAGGGUUUGUUGCUGUGGCUACUGAUAAGCUUUCGGUGAAGUAUGUGAGUGUUAAUCUUCACGGUCAUGAUGUUGGUGUUAUUCAAGCUAAUAAAGUUGCUCCGAUGAAGGUUCUUGUUUACUAUUUUGAGAUUACUGUUAAGGAUGCUGGUGUUAAAGGUCAGGUUUCUAUUGGAUUUACGUCGGAGAAUUUCAAGAUGCGGAGACAGCCUGGAUGGGAGGCUAAUAGCUGUGGAUAUCACGGGGAUGAUGGUCUCCUUUAUCGUGGACAAGGCAAAGGGGAAACUUUUGGUCCAACCUAUACCACUGGUGAUAUAGUUGGUGCUGGAAUUAACUAUGCUACUCAGGAGUUUUUUUUCACUAAAAAUGGGCGAGUUGUUGGCACAGUCUGCAAAGACAUGAAGGGUCCACUUUUCCCAACUGUUGCUGUUCAUAGCCAGAAUGAAGAGGUACAGGUCAAUUUUGGUCAGAAACCAUUUACCUUUGAUCUAAAGGAGUUUGAAGCACAAGAAAGAAUGAAGCAGCUAGUAAAAAUAGAGGAUAUUCCUGUGGUACCAAAUGCCAGUUAUGGAAUUGUCCGAUCCUACCUGCUACACUAUGGCUAUGAAGAUACAUUGAAAUCAUUUGAUUUGGCUAGUAAGAGUACUGUUCCUCCUAUAAAUAUAGUGCAAGAUAAUGGUAUUGAUGACCAGGAAACAACAUAUGAAUUGAUUCAGAGAAAAACUCUCCGACAGCUAAUCAGGAAUGGGAAGAUUGAUGCUGCAUUUUGUAAAUUGCGUGAAUGGUAUCCCCAGAUUGCUAAGGACAAUGAAUCAGCUAUGUGUUUUCUGCUUCACUGCCAAAUGCUUAUUGAACUAGUUCGGGCUGGAGCUCUGCAGGAGGCUGUCAAAUAUGGAAGAAUAGAAUUGUUUAGAUAUUUUGGGUCGCCUGUCUUUGAGGAUUUAGUUCAGGAAUGUGUUGCUUUGCUUGCCUACGAAAAGCCAUCGGAAUCUGUGGUUGGUUAUCUUCUAAAACCCUCACAGCGUGAAAUUGUAGCAGACACAGUAAAUGCAAUGAUAUUGUCUACAAAUCCCAACAUGAAAGAAGCAAAAAAUUGCUUGCACUCCCAUCUUGAGAGGUUACUUAAACAGCUCACUGCAUGUAGCUUAGAGAGACGAUCCUUAAGUGGAAAUCAAGGAGAAACUUUUCAACUUCAACGAGUGCUUAGCAUUGGUAAAAGAAGCUAG